AUGGAAAUAAAUAAUCAUAAUGGAAUCGAAAUAAAUUUAUGUGAAAAUAUCACAAUUAAUGAAACCAUCAUAAUUUCAAAAAACACUCAUAGUAAUAAUAAUAAUGAUAAUAACAAUAAUGAUAUUAAUAAUAAUAACAACGAAAUUUCACAAAUUGUAAAAACUUUGGGCGAAGAAAAUUUGGAAUUAGAAAUAAGUUAUCAAGUGGUUAUAGUAUUUGACCGAGAAAAACAGAAUGUAGGUAAUCAUCACCACAUUACAACAUGGGAUGAUGUUAUUGAUAGAACUUUACAAAGAUUGGAUAAUAUAAGUUUACAUGGUGUCAAGAAAAUUGGUAAAUUAAAUAAAAAUUUAGUAUUUUUAAUUAUAGGUUCAACUGAUGAAAGAUUGAGAGAUUUUUGCAUGGAAAACAAUAUUACAAUCAAAAAUAAAAUUGUUAAAGAGGACACAAAACUAAACGAAUCAUCAAGAUUAUUCAUCAUUGAAAAGAUACUAAGAAAAUCUAAAGAGUUAAGAUACAUUUAUAAUAAAGACUAUGUAAUAGAUAAAUUUCCGUAUGCAAAUAAAAGUUUUUUGCAUCUUGAUCAAGAGUGUAAAAAGAAAUGGUUUUACCAAUCACUGGAUAUUAAUUUAAUCAAUGAUUAUUUUGGUGAAGAGGUAUCUUUUUAUUUUUUAUUUUUAAGAUUUUACAAUGUCGGUUUGGGAAUUGUAUCAUUUUUUGGGUUAAUAGUUUUAAUCAUAUCAUCAACUAGAGAUCCCUAUAGAUUUACUGCAUCAGCUUUUUCGAUUGUUUUGGCUCUUUUAUCAACGUUCUUUUUUGAAAUUUGGAAAAGAUACAGCAGCCAAUAUAACUGGAAAUGGAAUCAAGAUGAUGACUACUUGGAAGAGGAAGACCCAUUGCCAUCAUUUAAACCAGAUCAUGAAGAUGAGGGCACAUACCACAGAGGAUUGUUUUUAAAGAAAAAGAGAUUUGGAGGCCAAAAAUUAGAAACUGUAAAAAAAUAUAUAGAAAUGACACCCUAUAUGAAUAAACCAGAGAGAAUGUUCAAACUAUUUAAAACCAUCUGCAGCUUUUCAGUAGUAGUAACAUUGGUUUGCAUAAUACCAAUUUUAACAAUAGCAAUUUUUACACUUAGAAUAGUAAUGAAGUCAAUUAAAAAUACCACUGUGGAGUCUGGUAUUGGCAGUGUUAUAAAUGCGCUCUUUAUUCUAAUUUUCAAUUUCUUUUACAAGAAACUAGCAUAUUGGCUAACAACUAAAGAGGACCAUAGAUUGCCUUCAGAAUUUAACUCUAGCUACUCUACCAAACUCUUUUUAUUCCAAUUUGUUAAUAGUUUUUCAGGUUUAUUCUAUAUAGCUUUCAUCAAAGAUAAUAUAGAUCUAUGGGGUGAUGCCGAAUUUAAAGAUCAAUGUAAUGAAGUAAAUCAAAUUAAUGGUGUUUGGCAAGGAUGUUCUAAAGAUUUACAAUUUCAACUGUUUUCAAUUAUUUUAGUAAACUUUUUAUCAUCUCUAUUCACUGAACUAUUAUUACCAUGGAUCGAAUACUAUAUUAAAAUUAUAGGUCAAUCAAAAUCAUUACCAAAAAAUGAUUUACGUUUAAAACCAUGGGAAAAACAAUUCUAUAUGUCAAAUUUUGAUACAUUUGAAGAAUACAAUCAAAUUAUAAUUCAAUUUUCUUAUAUUAGUAUGUUUGCUGCCUCUGCAUCUGCUGCUCCUAUAAUUGCUUUUAUUCAUAAUAUUUUCGAAGAUAGGGUCGAUACUUUUAAAUUAAUUAAUUCACUAAGAAGACCAAACUAUAACGGAGGUAACGGUUUAGGUAUUUGGUUUUUUAUAAUCGUUAUUAUUGGUAUGAUUUCUGUCCUAACCAAUUGCCUAUUAAUUGGUUUCACAUUCCCAACCUUGUCAUACUUUACACCUAAUACAUAUUAUAUUUUGUGGAUUGUAUUUAUUUUAGAGCAUAUAAUUAUUUUAGCAAAAGUAUGCUUGGCACACAUUAUUCCAGAUGAAACCAAAAGAUUAAAGAAAAAGAAAGCAGCAUUAGAUUUAGUUAAAAGAGUAUUAUUGGAAAAUGAAAGAGAAAACUAUAGGCUUAACAGUAAUUUGGGUCAUCAUAAUCACAAUCAUAUUACCCAAGGUAAUCUAUCUUCAAAUUCCACCACCCCCACUACCUCAAACUCAUCAUCACCACUUUUAAGAAAUGCAAAUAUUCAAGCCAGAAUUUCAAAAACAAUUCAUUCUGUAAUCAAUAUUAAAUCAAAUGUCGAUUUUGAAGAUGAAGAAGAGUAA